GCAAUUUUCCGCUAAAUUACGUUUCACUGAUUUAAAAUAACUUUUGUUUACUUUUUGCUCGGCUUGUUUACAUUUAUCGGUGAAAGUCAUUCAAUUAUUGUGUUGACGUUCGGAGAAAGCAAGGUUGGUGGGAAUAUGCGAAUUGGGACUAAAAUUGAAGAAAUAUGUAAAUGAAAGUGCUUAUCUUCCCCCUCCCUUCUUGCCUUCCCCGACGACAUAGACUACUGCUGCUUGGAACAUAAUUACAAGAAUUACACGAUGCAUUUACUUGUAAACACGAUCAACUUGAAUUUAAAACGAUUGACGAAACCAUCAUCACUUGUUCUGCUGUUCAAUGUAAACUCUCGUCGUCCACUCUAUUUGUCAUCCAGUUUGUUCAACAAUGAAACAACGACGCCUCCCCCAUCGGUUUCUGAAGAUCCAGCAGGAAACAGCGUGUUCCUUAAGAAAAAAUAUUCAGACACGUUACUUUUGCCGAAGACUGAUUUUCCUAUGAAAGUAGCUCAUGCAAAACGUGAGGAACAUGAGAACACAAUUGCUAAUAAACGCCAAUUUGAACAAUUGUACGGAUUCCAAAGUCUUUGGAGGCAAGGUCAACCAGAAUUUGUUUUACAUGAUGGUCCACCUUAUGCUAACGGAGAUGUGCAUAUAGGUCACGCGGUUAACAAAAUUUUAAAGGAUAUCACAAAUCGAUACAAGUUGUUGCGAGGAUAUCAAAUUAAUUACAUCCCUGGUUGGGACUGUCACGGCCUUCCUAUUGAACUAAAGGCCACGAAAGAUGGAAAACGCGGAAUCCUGACGGAUCCUCUUUCCAUACAAACGGCUGCCAGGAAAAUCGUGGAUGAAUCUAUUGCCAAACACAUUGAGGCUUUUAAACGAUGGGGAAUUUUGGCCGAAUGGAAUAGCCCGUAUAAAACCUUUGACAAAUCAUACAUCAAAGCCGAGCUCCAGGCCUUUCUUCAGCUGUAUGACAAAAAACUAGUGUUUCGCGAUUUAAAACCUGUCUACUGGUCUCCUUCAAGCAAGACCGCACUUGCCGAAGCAGAGCUAGAGUACAAUCAGAAACAUGAAAGUCCUUCCGUUUUCUUGUCUCUUGACCUUGAAUCAACCAAUAUUCAAGAGUUUAUUUCAAAAAUUGAUGCUACUACACCUACUGUGUUAGACAAAGAUGCUCAAGUUCAAGUUUUAAUUUGGACAACAACUCCAUGGACCUUGCCAUCAAACAGAGCCAUCGCAUUUAACAAGACUGAGAAAUAUUGUUUGCUCGAUGCAAGACAAAGCAAUAACAAAGUUUUUUACGUUGUGGCUUCAGCUCUUCGAACGCAAUUUUGUGUUGCGAAGAACGCCAAUUAUGCCACAGUCCUUGAAUUUUCAGGGGAACACCUUAGCAAAUUGACUUACAAGCAUCCUUGGUUUGAAAAUGAGAUUUGUCCUUUCGUCCAUAGUGAUCACGUUACAAUGGAGAAAGGAACCGGACUUGUGCACGUUGCACCGGCUCAUGGCCAUGACGAUUUUGUUCUUGGGCUGCAGCACAAUCUCGCAAUGGAUUGUUACGUAGAUGACCAAGGAGAAUUCGACUCUACCAUUCCCAAGCUAAAAGCCCUUCCUGUGUUAUCGUUGGGGAAUAAAGUUAUAAUGAAGGAAUUAGCCAACAAAAUUGUAUGCUCCACCACAAUCAUCCAUUCCUACCCCUACGACUGGAGAACAAAGUUGCCUGUAAUCAUCAAGACGAGUAAACAAUGGUUCGUCCAUACCGAAGAUUUAAAAUCAAAGGCAUUGGAUUUAUUGAAAAAUGUGCACAUUCAUCCAAAGAAUGUAGAGAAUGGAAUGCUGUCUCAAUUGAUUCGUCGACCCUUUUGGUGCAUUUCGAGACAAAGAACAUGGGGAGUCCCUAUUCCCGUACUAUACAACAAAGAAACUGGAGAACCCUUGAUCAACAAGAAAAUAGUUGAUCGUUUAUGCGAACUUGUGGAUAAGUCCAGCAAUAUAGACUAUUGGUGGACUUGUCCCGUCUCUGAAAUAAUCCCUGAUGACAUGGAUCCUGACGACUUUACGAAAGGAAAAGACAUUUUCGACAUUUGGUACGACAGUGGACUUUCUUGGCAUCUUCUUGGUGGAAAGAUUGCGGACAUGUAUCUUGAAGGAAAAGAUCAAUUUCAAGGGUGGUUUCAGUCAUCACUCCUUUUGUCAACUGCUUUACGAGAGACAUCUCCCUACAAAAAUUUAUAUGUCCACGGAUUCGUAGUGGAUGAACAUGGAAAGAAAAUGUCGAAAUCUAUAGGGAAUGUCGUGAGCCCUUGGAGCGUUGUUACUGGAUGUGCUGAGCGGAAUCAGCCAGCAUAUGGAGCUGAUGUGCUCAGGUGGUGGGUGGCUGCCCAAGGAUCUGCGGAUGGGGGUAAUAUCUCCGCGAGCUCUGCACUGCUCCGCUCUGCGGAUGAAAGUGUUCAGAAAUUGCGAAAUGUCAUCAAGUUUUUAAUAAGUUACUGCAACGAAGCAGCGGCUGCGGAUUUGAAUUUAGAUAACAUUUCUUACGAUGAACUAAUGUACACGGAUCAGUAUAUGCUAGCAUUGUUAAGAGAUUUUCGUAAUCAGGUUACAACGCAUUAUGAAGACUAUAACUAUCACCGGGUACUCAUGAAAACUUUACACUUUGCAACAUCUGAAGUUUCAUCGCAAUAUUUUACGUGGGCAAAAGACAGGCUUUAUUGUGAUUUUUUGCAAAGUCAAAGUAGAAAAUCUUGCAUUUAUGUUCUUAGUCAGAUUUACUCUACACUGUCAAAAAUUCUGGCUCCAGUGCUACCUUAUCUAGUCGAAGAAAGCUACUCUCACUACAAAUUAGGCAAUCAGUCAAUCUUUAAGUCCACCUGGUUUGCGGAGGAACCUUCGUGGGAUAACAAAAACAUAACCACAACAUUCGAUUUAGUAUUGGAUAUUAGAGAAUCGCUUAAUCACAUUAUUGGUGCCAACAACCCAAAAGAUCUCUGGGUAGAAUUACAAUGCGAUGCAAAGAAUUUCCAGACCUUGCAGAUUUUACACCCUCUACCUGAUGAUGACAUUGACAAAUGUGAUUCCGAACUCUGCGAUAUCCUCCAAAUUUCAGGGCUUGAUUUAAAGUGCUAUGAAGUAGGAGAAAGCAACCCAAAAACAGAUCCUUUACAACCCAUUAACUUUGCCAUAAAGCCGACAGGCGUUGGACACAGCCACACGGGCUAUUCAGUUGGAAUUUGUAAAACGAAAAUGAUGCAAUGUGCUCGAUGUAGGAGAUUCUGCUGUACUCCAGGAGAUGUAUUGUGCACACGCUGUCUCAGUGUUAUGAAAAGUAUUUUACAGAAACAGUCUCAAGCAACGUCUCCAGCGCAGGUAGAAAGUUCGAAAAAGAAAGUCGUCAAUAUUUAGUUAUUUAUUAGUAGAUAUCAUUUGAGAUUACAUAGCAUAGUUAUUUUUACUGUUAGUCCGUUUUGUUAUACAUACUUAAGUCACUGUAUGUAUAUUGUUAUGUUAUUUUGUUUUUACCCGAAAAAAAUGAGACUUGAAUUAAAUUGAAUUGAUUGACUGAUUGA